UCCAAAAAUCCGCUCAGCCGACGCAACGACACAAUUCAGACUUUACGCUGCUCUCCCAAGUCGAUGUACCGACUCGCCCUUAAGCUCAAGAACGCACGUUUAGAAGCUCUGGCAUUCCAGGCAAUCAAAUCUAGUUUAUGCGAGAGCAAUAUCUUGGCUGAGGCAUUCUCGUGGUUUACAGCUCAGUACACCGACAUUCAAAACAUGGAACUAGACCUACUAAUGAAGUUCUGCAGCACACCUGAAGUAUCAAGUCGUCUGGAGCGAGUGGUUGAUGCUGUUUCCCAAGGAGAAAGACGUUAUGCACGUGCUAUGCUUCAUGCCUUUUUAGCAAGAUUGACCCGGCAGCGGGCGGGCAGUGGUACACAGUGAAGUCGCAACAGUCAUUCUAUGGUGUUGUAUUUACCCUACUAUCCCUUCCACUGCAAUCGGCACCCCACAGAAUUCGGCAGUCACGCAAAUGUCACUGUAAGUCACGACACAUCACGUAGGCUGGUUUCAAAGUCAGCAAACAGCCAGUUAUUCGGUGUAUGUCUAAGUAAGUAUGAGGGUGACCAUUAUUAGUGCUGUAGCCUGUAGUUGUAAAAUUGAGGUGGAUGAGGGAGAC